AUGGUAAGCCCCCGCCGCUGGAGCAAAGAAGCAAAAGAAGAAGUGGUAUGUAUAAGGCGUACCGUCAUCGACGAUGUCCCCAAACUUACGCAUUUCCAAAGGUCCAAGGGAAAGGUCAAGGACAAGGCCCAACACGCCGUCGUUCUCGACAAGACCACCUCUGAGAAGCUCUACAAGGAUGUGCAGUCUUACCGUCUCGUCACCAUCGCCACCCUCGUCGACCGAAUGAAGAUCAACGGCUCCCUGGCACGACAGUGCCUUGCCGACCUCGAGGAGAAGGGCAUCAUCAAGCCUGUGGUCACUCACAGCAAGAUGAAGAUCUACAGUAUGGCCUCCCCCCUCUUCUCGCACGAACACUCUGGCCCCCCGAUGCGCUAUAUCCGAUCAACUGCUAACGUGACUCUAGCCCGUGCCGUCGGUGGUUCUGACUAA